GGCGGCAGCUUCAUGGCAGGAUGCUCUGGCUUCCCCCUUUGCAGAGAGGCGGUGUGGAUGCCGUCUGCUCUGGUGGAGGCAACUCUGGCUGACUCACACUGCCCCAACUGCCGCCCAGGCCCUCUCUCGUGCCUCAACCUGCGCUUCCGCCGGUCUGAGAUCCCGCCCCAGUUUGACCCCGUGCAGCAAGCAG